AUGCAGCUGAGGGUGCUGGGGCUGCUCUGCCCCGGGCACCUGCAGAAGUCCCGCACCCCUCUCCUGGUCUACCGCGUCUUCAGGCACGAAGCCAAGCGCUCCACCAAGGCGCUGCACGCGCUGCUCCACGGCCUGGCGCUGCUCAUCGCCCUCGUCGGCAUCGUCGCCGUCUUCGAGUCCCACCGGACCAAGGGCAUCCCCGACAUGUACAGCCUGCACAGCUGGUGCGGGAUGGCCGCCUUUGUGCUCUACCUCCUGCAGUGGCUCCUGGGCUGCGGUUUCUUCCUGCUCCCCGGCGCCUCCUUCUCGCUGCGCAGUCGGUACAAACCCCAGCACGUCUUCUUCGGCAUCGCCCUCUUUGCCCUCUCCAUCGCCGCCUGCUUGCUGGGAAUCACUGAGAUGCUCCUCUUCAACAUCAGUGACCCCUACAGCCACUUUGUGCCCGAGGGCGUCCUGGCCAACACCCUGGGGGUGCUGCUGGUGGCCUUCGGGCUGGUGGUGGGCUACGUGCUGACACGGGACGACUGGAAGCGCCCACCACUGGCUGAGGAGCUGGCCCUCUCCAUGGACUUCAAGACCCUGACGGAGGGCGAGAGCCCCGGUGGCGGCAGCCAGUGA